AAGACAGAUAAGAGGCCGGAGGGAACCAGCCAUACUUACAACAACAAGACGGCUCCGGACACAAAUGUAAAAGAAUGACGGCAGGACAUCGAGGAGGACAAAGACAGCAGUGACAGAGGGUGAAGGAGAGACGGAGAAGCAGAAGAAGCCAUAUGUUACUCACGUGCUGUGUCAACCUUGGUGGUGCCUGGCUCUCGCGGUGUUAGGUUGGUAUCGCGGCGUUUGGGUCAUGCUGCAGUUCGCUGAAACGUCAGAUCGCCGUCUUUUCCCAAGGAGAAGGGGCAGAGCAGACACGUCCUGCGUGCUGCUGCAGAGAUCAACUAAUCAUGGUGUUGUUGCACGUGUUGUUCGAGCAUGCGGCGGGCUACGCGCUGUUCGCCGUCAAAGAGGUGGAGGAGAUCGGCAUGCUGCUGCCUCAGGUGGAGGAGAGCGUGUUGAGCAUCGGGAAGUUCAACAGCAUGGUGAGCCUGGCGGCCUUCUUCCCCUUCAAGUCGGCCCAGGCUGCCCUGGAGAACAUGAACGCCGUUUCUGAAGGUGUGGUUCAUGCUGACCUGAAGUUAUUCCUUGAGACAAACCUGCCCCGUUCUGGGAAGAAGAAAGCUACACUGGGGGUUUCAGAUGCCAAAAUAGGAGCAGCUUUACAAGAAGAAUUUAGCAUUUCCAUCCAGACUGGUGGAGUGGUGGCUGAGAUCAGCAGAGGUUUGCGUCUGCACUUCCACUCCCUGGUGAAGGGUCUGACUGGCCAAGCUGCCUCCAAGGCACAGCUGGGCCUCGGCCACAGCUACUCCAGAGCCAAAGUCAAGUUCAAUGUCAACAGGGUCGACAACAUGAUCAUCCAGUCCAUUGCUCUGUUGGAUCAGUUGGACAAAGAUAUCAACACUUUCUCCAUGCGUGUCCGUGAAUGGUAUGGCUACCACUUCCCCGAGCUGAUCAAGAUCGUGUCAGACAACUCGAUGUACUGCCGCCUGGCUCAGCUCAUCGGUAACAGGAAGGAGUUGUCAGAGGAGAGUCUGGAGAGCCUGGAGGAGGUGGUGAUGGACGCCGCCAAGGCUCAGGCCAUCCUGGAGGCAUCGCGCUCCUCCAUGGGUAUGGACAUCUCUCCCAUUGACUUGAUCAACAUAGAGAGGUUCUCAAGUCGUGUGGUGUCUCUGGCCGCCUAUCGGCUGGAGCUGCAGGAAUACCUGCGUUCUAAGAUGAGCCAAGUGGCUCCAAACCUGGCAGCUUUGAUUGGAGAAGUGGUGGGAGCUCGUCUGAUCUCCCAUGCCGGCAGUCUAACCAACCUGGCCAAGUACCCGGCCUCCACUGUCCAGAUCCUGGGAGCAGAGAAGGCCCUGUUCAGAGCCCUAAAGACCCGUGGCAACACUCCCAAGUACGGCCUCAUCUUCCACUCGACCUUCAUUGGACGCGCUGCUGCCAAGAACAAAGGCCGUAUCUCCAGAUACCUGGCAAACAAAUGCACCAUUGCCUCGCGUAUUGAUUGUUUCUCUGAGUUACCCACGAGCGUGUUUGGUGACAAGCUGCGCGAACAGGUGGAAGAGCGUCUGUCUUUCUAUGAGACGGGCGAGGUGCCAAGGAAAAAUGUGGAUGUCAUGAAAGAGGCUGUGAAAGAGGCUACUGAUGUUGCAGCUGAGAUCAAGCGGAAACUAGAGAAGAAGGAAAAGAAACGCAAGAAGCGUGAAAAGAAGUUGCAAGAACUUCAAGAAAAUGGCGAAACCAAUGGUGAAGCAGAGGUGGAGAACGGAGAAGCAGACACCACCGUUGUCAAGAAGAAAAAGAAGAAACAAGCAGCGGAGGAGAUGGAGGUGGAAGCAGAGGAAACCCCUGCUGCAGAGAACGGAGCAGAAGAUGCUCCAGCCAAAAAGAAGAAGAAACGAAAGGCUGAGGCCGAGGAAGCAGAGGACGCCGCUGCCACGGAUAAUGGAGCAGAGGAAACGGAUACUCCAGCCAAGAAGAAAAAGAAACGAAAGACUGAAACUUUGGAUGUGGAGCCAGCAGAAGAGGCCCCAGAAACACCCGUGUCUGAGAAGAAAAAGAAAAAGAAGAAAAAGGAGAAUGCCGACUGAAGACUUGGGCAAAGACUGAAUCUUUAUUUUUGUGUAUAGUUUAUUUUUGUUUUUUACUCUUUAUCUGAAGCUUGUUUUUGUAAGCAGCUUUAUGUUCUGUCUUUUUUGGCAACCUCAAAGCAGGUUAGACUACAAACAAAUGCUUAUAACUGUGCCUUGAAGUCUAUGAAAAUCACUUUUACUUCUGUAAAUAAAUUGUCUCAGUUAAACUUUGUCACAAAACAUC